UAACACUCAAAACCCUAGCGUCUGCCACUGCGUCUUUCUCAACCCUCAUCUCUCAAGAGAGGUGCUCUAGCGAGCUGCCCCGCACGUGAUUCGAGAUCUCUUCAGCAAUGGCGACCGCGAGAACUGUCAAGGAUGUCUCUCCUCACGAGUUCGUGAAAUCCUACGCCGCUCACCUCAAGCGCUCUGGCAAGAUGGAGCUUCCUGAAUGGACUGACAUUGUCAAAACUGGUGUGCUCAAAGAACUUGCUCCAUAUGACCCUGACUGGUACUACAUCAGGGCUGCUUCCAUGGCUAGGAAGAUAUAUUUGAGAGGAGGUCUUGGUGUUGGUGCAUUCAGGAGGAUUUAUGGUGGAAGCAAGAGGAAUGGAAGUCGUCCACCCCAUUUUGGCAAAAGCAGUGGGUCUGUUGCUCGUCACAUUCUUCAGCAAUUGCAGAAUAUGAACAUCAUUGAGUUGGAGCCAAGGGGUGGAAGAAGAAUCACAUCAAGUGGCCAAAGGGACCUCGACCAAGUUGCUGGAAGAAUUGUUGUCGUUGCACCAUAGAUUAAUUAUUUAGACCUGUGUUUUAGCUUGUCGGGAACUUUAUCAGAAGAAAUCUUUGAACAAUUUUUGGUUGAAAGUGUUUCAUGUUAUUUCUUUCUAAUUUUGGGUAUUGAAGUUUCAAUGAGAUGUACUUUGGAUUAUUGAGUUACAUUUUGAUAUAAAUUUAGUUACCAGUAAUGGAUGAUA